AGACACCUAUGGCGUCUUGUACAAUCAGAAUCCAAUGCAAUCUGCUUUGCUAGGGAUAGCGGCGGACCUCUAGACCUCGAUAUUUCACGGUUGACGGACUUUUGUCUGCUUGCAAAGCAUUAGGAGUGGAUAGGAGUGGAUAGGAGUGGACGGCCAUGGCAGAGCGAGGAGGAGACCUCCAAUGGCUGUUAUGGCAGGUGAAGGGAACAGUGGACGACGAUCCAACAGAAGUGGACCAAGCAGAUAUUAUCUCUGCAGUGAAGUUCAAUCAUGAUGGAGAGCUCCUAGCUACUGGAGACAAGGGUGGGAGGGUUGUCAUUUUCCAGAAAUCGCGCGACGAACCAACGACUCGUUUGUGCGGAGACUACAACUUCUAUGCGACAUUUCAAAGUCACGAACCUGAGUUUGAUUAUUUGAAGAGUUUAGAAAUUGAGGAAAAAAUCAAUGAGAUACAAUGGUUGAAACAAAGGAACGCUUCUCGGUUCCUCUUGACGACCAACGACAAAACUGUGAAGUUGUGGAAGUUGACAGACAAGUACAAGCAAGCAUCUGGCUUCAAUUUGAUUGCUGAUGAUGGUCAUGAGAUUAAUGCAAAGACUGUUGGUGCUUUAAAAGUGCCUCAUUAUAUGCCUUUGACGGAGAAGUCUGUUGAGGCUUCAUGCAAGAGGAUGUUUGCCAAUGCACACACAUAUCAUAUCAAUUCAGUUUCUAUAAACAGUGAUGGUGAGAAUUUCAUGUCGGCCGAUGACUUACGGAUCAAUCUGUGGAAUGUGGAAGUUACAGAUCAGUGCUUUAUGAUGGUGGAUAUUAAGCCUGCGAACAUGGAGGAGCUGACUGAAGUGAUCACAGCAGCCGAAUUCCACCCAUUGCAGUGCAACCAGUUUGCAUACAGCAGCAGCAAAGGGUGCGUACGGUUAUGUGACAUGAGAUCCAGAGCCUUGUGUGACCAACACUCAAAGUUAUUUGAGGAACCUGAAGAUGCCAGUAUGAAAUCAUUUUUCUCUGAGAUCAUUUCAUCCAUGUCUGAUGUGAAGUUCAGUCACAAUGGCCGCUACAUGUUAACAAGAGAUUACCUCACUGCUAGAGUGUGGGAUCUAAAUAUGGAGAGUCGACCAGUCGAAACAUAUAAUGUUCAUGAGCACCUUCGUGGGAAGCUGUGUGCUUUGUAUGAGAACGACUGCAUAUUUGACAAAUUCGAGUGUGCUUGGAGUGGCCGAGACACUCAUAUAGUGACCGGCUCCUACCACAACCUUUUUAGAAUCUUCGACCGAGCUUCCAAGCGUGACACUACACUAGAAGCAUCUCGUGAAGUGAGACUACACCAGCUUGUCCCACCCAAGAAGGUAGUCUCAACAAGUGGUAAACGGAAGAGAAAUGAGAUAUUUCUUGAUUCAAUGGAUUUCAAUAGGAAGGUUCUCCAUCCAGCAUGGCAUCCAGAGAGAAAUGUCAUAGCACUAGCAGCCACCAAUAACUUGUACUUAUUUCAGGCAAAACUAUGAGGUGGUGUGUAGAAGUAGGCUUUACCAUACAGGCCAAUGUUUGUGCUGACUGUUGGAUGGCAGCACUUGUAAUUGUAUAGUAUGGAUGGUUUUUAUCUUUGCUACUGUCGCCAUUGGUCAGACUGUUACGGUCUUUGCCACUGGUCAGUGACUUGUUGCGUAUCAUGUGACUUGCAAGGUUAGGUGAGAGUUUCAAGAUUGAGCUUUCUGCUUAUACAUAGUA